AUGUUCGCGUCCAGCUGGUCUAAUUAUCGCGCGCCAAAACAGUUGAAAGCAUUGUUGCGAUUACUAGCGAUCGUGGUGAGUUUGGCAGCUCCUGGGAAAGUGUUUUGGACAGAAGCCACUGUAUCCUGUAACGCCAUUGCACGGUGGCCUGCGCUUGACUACAAAUCGGACCGUGCGUUCUACCCAUUGAUGGUGUCCUUUUCGCGCUAUCCAUUCCACGACGUGUACGAGGCCAAUCCGGGGGUCCUGCCAUCGAACAAACAUUCCACAGUAGCUGCUUCCGUUGGGCCGGCUGCUGCUGGUCGUCCAGGACUGCCGAAGGCAAGGAAGAAUUUCUUCCCACCGGGCGUAGAGCAGAACCAUCGGAACUGGAGACAUCAAAGCCAUGCGCGAAUGCCUACAAAGAACGUUUGUCAGGGAUUGAUCUAUCUGCCGCAGCAGCUGCAGGCUUCCGGUCGGAGGAUGUUACCGCUUAAGAUGCGCAAACUGUUGAAGUACUGUGGGUUUAUUUAG